AUGGUGAAGUUGAAUAUAGAGAUGGCUAGGUUACAGGGGGCCAAUUUGGUCAGUUCCCCUAAAGGUAUGUUCCAGGAACGGUUUAAUUUAGGUGCAGCACUAAAAUUGGUGCCAGUCUUUGAUGAAAACAAUGUCCCUGAAUUUUUCAAAGCCUUUGAGCGUGUUGCCGCCCGGUUGUCUUGGCCCUCUGAAAUGUGGACUGUUUUAAUACAAUGUAGGCUGGUGGGCAAGGCUAUCCGGGUGUACAAUGCCUUGGAGGAGGGAAUUGCCAGGGACUAUCAUAAGGUCAAAGCGCUGGUUUUAAAAUCCUAUGAUCUGGUUCCCGAGGCCUAUCGCCUCAAAUUCAGGAAUUAUAAUAAACAUCCUUCACAGUCUUAUGUAGAAUUCGCUCGGGUCAAGGAGGAACAAUUUGACGACUGGCUGAAGAGCCGACAAGUGGUGUCUUUUGCUGCGUUGCGUGAAUUGUUGCUCCUUGAAGAGUUCAAAAAGGCAUGUAGCAAAGAGUUGAGGGUCCAUCUUGAGGAGGUCAAAGCUAUGAAGUUGAGUAGUGCCGCUCAGUUGGCAGAUGAAUAUGUGUUGACCCAUCGCUCUGGCAAUGGUAACUUUGGGUACAGGGUUUUAAAUGAUCCCUCUUCCCAUGCCCACAGUAGUGGAAGGAGGGGAGAACCACCUUCGUUGACUCCUAAUAUUCCUAAGAUUAAUCAUGAUAAUUCCUUUUCAGAUGGUAGGAAUGUUGGUAGAGUCUCAGGAGGGUCUCCUCCCCCUCGUGUCUUUGUUAACAGAGGUACUGGACGUAAUAAUCAAAGGUACAAUAACAAUAAUGGUAACAGAAGUACUGGACGUAGAGUAACCUGUUUUUGGUGUGACAAGCCAGGUCAUUUCCAGAACCAGUGCAAUGCCCGUAGACGAUAUCUUGAGAGAAACGGCCAAAAUCCAGUUUCGUUAAUUUCUGACAGGUCCAGUUCUUGUGAUAAUAAAGUGGAAAAAUCUGUAGUUAGUAGUAAGGUAGAAAAUAGUAGUAGUGACACUUCUAAUAAAAAACAGUUGUGA